UUCGCCUUAACACUCCACCAUAGAAUACUCGAGUCUGGCGGCUAAAUGGUCGUCAAACUCAGACGUGUCGUCAGAACGAAGCGGUGUCGUUAUCGUCUCAACGCUGCGAUGUGGCCGUUCAGAAUCGUCCAAUACGCGCACCAGCUGCACUUCACAUCCAUCUUUCAAGUACAGUUCUAGUUUCCCCGUAGUGGGCAGCGAAUAGCCUUCGUACACACAUUUAAUCAGCCAAUUUUGUGGUCCCCUGUUCAGUUUCCAUAGCGCGCUACAAAAGUCUCCGAUCGUGUUUUUUGCGUCAUCAAGGCCUAAAAGUUGCGUGUUUGCCCACUGUCUCAACGCGAAAUCAUCGCUACUUACUUUCAAUCUCAUGUUGGCGGUGAAAAUGUCUGUGUGCCCCCACUACGGCGUUCCUGCUUCUUGGUCCCUACGCUCCGGCUGGCUCCAGUGAAGCAAACCCCCGUUUUCAUGUGGGCAGAUCGUGGGGGUUGUUUUCGUAUCGAAGAGCGGAUUUCUCGAUACGUGUUCGUUACGCACAUGGUGACGUAAACUCACCACCAUACGGAUUCAGAUGGCUACUGCUGCUGGAUGUCGGAUAGGUUGGUACUGAGGGCGUUCCGGUGCCGUAGAAUGGAUUGCCGCCAUACCUCACACGGUUUUUAAAUGGUCUGUUGUAUUGACUGUGUCACCGUAUUACCGUACUGCCGUAUUAGUUUCUCCUAAAACACAUCCUAGCCUUUGGAUCCCUUUUCGUUCGCCUUACACGCUACAACAAAGCUCCGCGACAAUAUUUACUUUGGAAAGUUACUUUGUGACCCUGCGAGUCGUUUUCGGUAUCUACCGACCGGAAAUUUAGUUUGUACAUUUUUUUUCUUGUUCGUCGUGAUUAGACACAACAAAAGCCAACAGCUCUCUGCAGCCGAAUUUAGCUCCUGUGAAGUGAGUCGAGUGUUUUAUUUUUGUGUGCUUCAAGUUUGACAAGUUCACACGAUCGCCAGCGUUCAUCGCCUUACCAAAUUAAUCGCUUAACUUUAUUGAGUUCCUUUUUCUGUCCCCUGACGCGCCCUCUUUCUCCCCAUGGCAUUUCGUUAUUUUCAGCUAGCGAAACGAGACGCCAUCAAUGUGCUAGACCCUGCCGUCCGUCCUAACCAUGCCGGCGUUAUUCCAGCACCCGUGUUUGGUCUCGACAGUCACUUGUCUCCUCACGUUGGCAUCUUGCUGCCGUUGAACGGCUUCGACAUGGAGCAAGUGUGCUUCGUAUGGAGAUCGUUGACGGACUCGGGUUUCAUGGUCGAGUUUAUUAUUCCUCAUGUGCCUCACGAAAACGAUGACUCGGCGAAUCUUACCCCCCAACCAAACCAAGAUGUGCUCUCGGGUACGAAAGGUUUGUUAAAAGGACCUCCCAAGUCCGCUAAAGAAAUCUACAGUGUCUUGUGCACACUCAACGAGUUUACGCAUCCCAAUGUGCUUCAUUCGACUGGGUUCACACUAACCAAGUUUGAUGUGCUCUUCAUUACCGGUGGUGCUGGCCAGGGAGUGGAAGAAAUGAUUACCGAUCCUUUGCUCCACUCUUUGCUUGUGCCAUACCUUCGCUUGUGUUACCGCGAGAAACCCGAUAACAAUGCUGCGAAAGAGCCCAGCAAGAUUGUGUGUGCCGUGUCGCAAGGCGUCCGUGCUAUUUACGCGGCAGACCCCACAAUUCAAUUGAAGGCAACUACCAUUCCCGUGUGGAUGGAACGGUCCUCGCUACUGCUAGGCUUGCGGCCUAUAAAAGCACCGUACACGGCUCCUUCACUGCCACAGGAUCGUUACGUAGCCGGUCCGGUUGCGAAAAAGAAAUUCAUUUACGUUGAUGAAAAGUACUACUGUGUCACAGGACGCUGUAAUAACGACUCAAUCAUGCUCGCAAGAAUGGUUGUUCGUUUGUACAAACAAGCACAGCGCGAAUUGCAGCGUCACCUGAGACACCAGUCUGUUUCCAAGAAAACGGAGUCUCCGUCUUCCGACUAGCAACGUGAACGUUUUCUCUUAAUGACUGCACAAGCGGGCUCUGUUUGCUUUCGCAAUUGCUUCUUAUGUUUCUUCAUGUUUUCCCCUUUUUGUUCGCCUAAGCGCAGCAUAUGUCAUAGUGUAGCUUAUAGUGUAUUACCCUUACUAUAUCCAAAUAUGGUUCUCACCACCACGAAUGUAAAACCUGCCAACUACCAACCUACCGAAAUCAACCGCGGGAAAUUAUAUGGCUCAAUUGCA